AUGUCUGAAGAAUACGAAACCUAUGAGUUGGGAGACUGGGAGCUUCAGAGUGGACAGAAGAUUGAAAAUGCCCACAUCGCAUACAAGACUUUUGGUGAUCCCAAGUCUCCAGCCAUCGUCUAUCCAAGUUGGUUCUCGGGAGCUAUCUCCGACAACUUCUGGUUGAUCGGCGAAGACAAGUUCCUCAAUCCAAAGGACUUCUUUAUUAUUAUCACCGCUUUGUUUGGCAAUGGCCAAUCCUCUUCCCCAUCGAACCAGCCUGCCCCCGGUCCAUUCCCGAAGGUCUCAUUCUACGAUAAUGUCCGAGCGCAGCACGAGCUCGUGACCAAGCACUUCGGCAUCACGCAUUUGCGCGCUGUCGUGGGUUGGUCGAUGGGUGGUGCUCAAUCUUUCCAAUGGGCGACUCAGUAUCCGGAGUUUAUGGAUAUUGUCAUUCCCUUCUGCACGUCGGCGAAGACUUCGCUGCAUAACCAGGUCUUUCUGGAGGGUGUGAAAAGCUCGCUUAUUGCGGCGAAGAAGAUUCGUUCUGCUGGGACGGGGGAGCUUGGGGUAAGAAAUACUGCGGAGGCAUUUACCUGGAGUGCCGAGGAGAAAGAUGUUGGAUUGAAGGCUAUGGGUCGGGUCUAUGCUGGAUGGGGCCUCAGCCAGGCAUUUUAUCGCCAUAAGUUGCAUGAAACUGCGCUCGGAUACAAGAACCUUGAGGAUUUCAUGGUCAACUUUUGGGAGAAGUGGGCCUGUUCCAAAGAUCCUGAGAAUCUGCUUGUCAUGCUGCAAACCUGGCAAAAUGGAGAUGUCUCGCAGCAAGAGCCGUAUAAUGGUGACUUUGAAAAGGCCAUGGCAUCCAUCAAAGCCAAGACUCUUGUUUUGCCGGGCAAGACUGAUCUUUAUUUCCCGCCGGAGGACUCGGAGUAUGAAGUUGCCUGUAUGAAGCCCGGUGUUGGGACACUGGAUAUCUUCCCUUCGAUCUGGGGUCAUUGGGCAGGCGGUCCGGGUGAUAGCAAGGACGAUGUUGAAUGGCUUGACAAGAAGAUGUCGCGAUUCUUUGCUGACAAUGGACCGAACGGUGUCGAGUCUCUCACUGAGAAGAUCAAGAACAUGCUAGGCUGA